AUGGUACUGAAAGCCGCUUGGUUUAAAAGUUGCCUCCUUUUUUAUAUGCUCAUUAUAUUCCAAAGAUGAGUACAACAAAUUACUGGAGCUCCAUAUAGGUGUUAUUUUACUGUUACUGGGUAAAGCUGACAGUGGAUAAAAUUGGGACCUCAAAAACCUGUUCAUGAUUAGACAGACACAUUGCAGUCUUUUAAUCUAACACUACUGAAUAUCACAAACUACUAAUUAGAACCAGGCUUUCCAGAAACACUAAAAAAAAUAGCAGUUGCUAAGCCUCAACUUAAUAGACAUAACUUAGACAAUUCUACACUCGGUAACUAUAGACCCAUCUGGGUCUGUUUUAAACUGAUUUAGGACAUAUUUAAAUUGAAGUAUUUUAUUAGCUUGGGGGACCAUGUACCAAAAACAUAUGAUAUUCAUUAUGGUGUACCAUAGGAUUCUCCCUGUAUAUGCUGCCAUUUUCUAAAACUAUUGCAAGGCAUGGAGUCCACUUCUGUAGCUAUGCUGAUGAUACUUGGGUAUAUAUCUCUAGUGCCAGAGGAUCCCCGUGCUGUACAGAAACUGAGACAUAGCCUGUGUAAGACUAUUUGUUCACUUGGAAGAUGCUAUGAAGGGCACUUCAUUAUGAAAAUUAAUGAUGAAGAAGUAUUUGUUCAACAAGUUCAGAUUUCAGAUCCUUCAAAUAAUACAAAUGUCAACUAUACAUCAGCUUCAGACGUGACCAAAGAUGUCUGCAGUUCAGAUAUUUAUGAUGACCAGGUUGUUGCAGAAUGUGAAAGAAUGUCUGAUGAUCAAGUAGAGGAAAAUGGUUACUGUUCUGAUGAUGGUUCCAGUCUUCACAGCAGAAGAAAACAACAUAUUGCCUCCCCUGCAGCCAGCAUAGUUUCUGGAAGAACAGAAGAUCCUGUAUUUGAUGAAGUUCAAGAUGCAGUUUUUCAUUACCAAAACAAAUUUGAGCAGCACAAUGUUAUAUCUGAAGAUUUGUAUAGCACAGAUCAACAACGGACACUGGGUGAGAUCCUCACAUAUUGCCAGGUCAUGUAUGAAGCCAUACAGAAACUUAAUGAAAAAAUUGACUGUCUCCAAGUUAAAGUAGGAAAUGUACAAUCCAUGAGCCUGCAAUCACAAAAGUCGGAUGCCUCUUCAACUGAAAGUGUUCAGCAUGAAAUAAUCCAGAAGAAUAUGACAGAAAGUGGAGCAGUUAUGCCACCGUUGAUCAGGGCAGCUUCACCUUAUCCUCAUUUACAAACAACAGCCAAGAAACCACCAACCCUUUAUCUGGCUCCAGGACUGCGCAGCCCAUCUGAGUCACAAUUUCUUGAAAAGGGAACGCAAUCAAGCCGUGUUAUUCCCAUUAAAACAGAGGAGUGCACAGACAGCGAGCUUUCUAAAGAAAACCCGGACAACAUACCACAACUUUCAGACAGUAAAAGCAAAUCAAAAUGUAAAUCGCUGCUUGCGAGUCUUUCUUCACAGCCAUCUAAUUCUGCUACAGUGUUGAUUGGUGAUCAUAAAAGGAAAGUGCGCAUUGCUAAAUCUGUGAUUCAGAAAGUCUGUCAUAAAAGCAAUCCACGGAAUGCAGUUCGCUUCCUGCUUCGUGGUCUUUUUACAAAUGAAACUCUGACCUGCAGCAAUGUUAUGGGAGAUGCAGUCCGAGGCCUUAAAAAAUUGGACCCAAAUAAAAUAGCAGCAAUUAGAGAAUGGCUUGCUGAAAAAUUCCCAAAUUAUAAUUUAUGUGAAAAUGGAAAAGACUGGAAGGCUUGCAUUUCCAUAAUGAAUUCAAUGGCAAGAUAUAUGAGAUUUGAAGCAAGAAAGCAAAAGAGGUUGUGGAACAACUAUGAUGACCGGUUGCCUGUGAAUAAAAUAAAAAAAAAUCCCAAAACUGAGAAACGUGUGGAAAAAAGCAAGUCGAUGAAGAGCACUGAGGCUGAGAUCUGUGUUGAAAUUGAGUCAGACGAGGAUGCAGAAAUACCGUCCACUUCUGGCAGACAGCGAAAGAAAGCAGCUGUUCCAGGGAAAUCCAUUGAACAGAGGGGGAAGCAAUGGAGCCCAGCACCCAGUUAUGCAGAUCUCCAUAUCGAAAUUUCACAAACAUACCUGGGUGAUCCAAGAAGAAAGAUCAAAAUAGCCCAAGCUAUAAUUCAGGAAGCCAACCUGAGAAAAAGGCCAGAGCUCAUCGCACGUUUUCUUAUCAAGUAUCUUUUCACAAAAGAAGUGCUAGUGAAGAGUAAUGUGAAUGGGAUAAAAGACCGGGGCACAGCGGCACUUGAUCCCAACACAAUCGGGGCACUCCGAGAGUACUUGAAAGGACGAUUUCCUUAUUUACAGAUGAGUGAAGAUGGGAAAGACUGGAAAGUCUGCGUUGGUGCCAUCAAUAGUGCUAUUCGCAAAAUACGAUAUGAGCAGAGAUUAAAAGGGGAAUUUUAGGAAAGCUACUGAAAGGAUUAAUUCAAACCAACACAGCCUUGUUGGAAAACAGUUCAGAGAAGUUACCUGCACCAAAAAGAUGUUGGGAUAUUCCUCUGAGUCACUUUUUUUUUUUUUUGGAAAAAAUUUUUGAUUUUAUUUUCUAUAAAAUAAUCUAGUGUAUAUAACAUUAACUUAUGUACGUGCCCAAACUGACCACUGCUUUCUCAUUAAAUGAAAAUCCUCAUUGGGCAAAAUUGUGCCCAUUGUUCAUUUUUAGACCCCCUUUAAAGUAGACUGGGGCGGUGUUCUAGCAGGAGAUGUGGACAAUUGAAUGAAUGUUGCAGCGUCACAUUAUCAGGUUAUAAUAACCAUGUUGUUUUGAAUUAACGUUUUCUGUUUUUAAAGAAGUGUAUCUGACUAUGAAAAAAAUGUAACAUUUACAACUGUUGCAAGAUUUUUUACAAUUUCAGACAUUUCUGCAUCUACCAGCAAGUGGUCAGGCUGAUCCCCAUAAAUGACUGUUUAAUGGCUCUAUUAGCAAGUCCCUUUACCUGCUUUCACUUCUAGUAUACUCAAAAGUUGUACGGGGAUACCACUCAUGAAAAUGAGCUGUGCUUACCCUUGGAAAGAUGACCUGCUGGCUACAACAGAGCAGAGGUGAACUGUUUUUGACUGGUUAGGUCUUCAGAUUUCACACACGUGACUGGACACAGGCCGAUGUGUUUACAAACCAAACCAUUUGUACCUGCAUUCCUGAUCAUCAUGAGUAACAGUGCCGUGUUACUGAUUAAAGAUCAAACGAGACCCUCCAACGCCACCUUUCUCACUUUGCUGUUCCAAAAACUCAAAUCCCCUCUGUUGUUUCCAGCUCUUUGGUCUGUUUGGUCAUAGCCUUUGACAAUAGUAUGUUAUUGCACUGACGUUUCUUCUCUUCAUCUCAAAUUAAUUUUAUUGUUGUUUAUUUGUACAUACAUUGUACUGUUUUCAUACAAAUGAUUUUUGUAUUGCCCUUACACCGGGAAGGUGCUGUGUAAAAUAAAGA